UGUUUAUUUAAAGCAGCUUUGUGGUACUGAAUUUUUUUUGUUUUCAUUUCAGGCCAGCACUCGCUAACCAACAGCCGGGAUGUCAGCACCAUGGACACGCUCCCGCUCAACGACAACUUCAGCAACAGUUACUCACUGCGAGAGGACGACUACGAAGACCCUGCGUUGUGCUGCCCGCCCGCUGACGCUUUGCGUCUGGAUGACGCUGCCUUUGAGAAGAUGAUCAUCUCCGAGCUGGUUCACAACAACCUGAGGCCUCGUCGGCCACCGCAAAACCAAACCAGCUCAAAAUGCCAACCGGCGUCUGACAACAGCCACCAGGGUCCGCAGGAAACCUUCGACGUGGGUGUCGGGAAUAGAAACCGGAGUGAAGAUGAUACCAUAAUUGCCGACACCUCUGUUUUGCCGCCAUCCUCUAGCCACCCGGCGCUGGAGCUUCUUCUCCUUCACCCGAGCGACCGGGAGGCCCUCGAGGCUCCGCUUUUGCCCCAACGAACUCAUUCGCUACUUUACAGCGCUCAAAAGGCGUCUCAACAGGCCGUCAGGCUGCAGAAGGACAGCAGAAAGGCAGAAGAAGAUGAGGAGAGCACGAAAGAGUUAGACGACGCGCCCUCGCCGAAUAACAGGGACUCGUUGUACACAAGCAUGCCCAAUCUCAGAGACUCUCAGUCCUCCGAAUCUCCUGACCUUGUCAGCGGACAGGACGACGGUUCUCCUUGCUCUUACGCCCAAAGUGAAACUGAGGAACAAUGCUACAAGAGCUUGCCCGACCUGGGAGACGGGACUCAACCUCUUUCCUACUAUCAGAUCAGCCGUCGAGGCACUAGCGAGGGCUGUAUUGGCCCCGGGCUCCCCGAGGGCUGCCUUCCACUAGAGGAAGAACCCGCUAGCGAUGGACAGAUGCAGCUAAUCACCAGCCUCUGAGCCAAGAAUGUUCCCUUUCCUUCGUUUUCUUCUUUUGCUUCUCCCAUCCACAGACGACACGAUGAGAGGACUAGUCAACGGCACAAUGAAUUGUUUUUUAGUAACAGAACUGAUGGUCUAGUCAAACUCUUCUGUCGUACUGAUCAAACUGCUCGAAGUGAGCGGAAAGUGUCAAGACUGGCAUUGUCUACAUCUGCCAAAAGAUUUGUACAGUAUAUAUAUAUA